AUGCCUCCGGCAACUUACCAAUACAUCUUAACCGGCCCAGGUGCCACCAUCUUUGCUGUGGAUCAGCGAGGUUACCUGUACCUCAAUGUGCCUCAAAUAGACGCUGAUCCGCCUAAACCAUCCUCGUAUCGAUUGAAUGUCCAAGCUCGUGAAGUUGAUACUAUGCCAAUUAGAAGCAGCGAACCGGUCACCAUUAUUAUUCAUGUUAUGGACACUAACGAUAACGCACCACAGUUUGAGCAACCUAUCUACACGGUGAACGUCACAUCCUUUGGUGACGAGCGACCUAUGGUCAAGGUCCUUGCGACUGAUCCAGAUUCUGGGACUUUUGGUGACAUACAAUAUCGAAUUCUCCAGGUCCUUGCUACUGAUCCAGAUUCUGGGACUUUUGGUGACAUACAAUACCGAAUUCUCCAGGUGACAAACGGUGGCGACAACAAAUUCCGUUACGAUCAGGCGACGAACACAUUGUAUGCUACUGGAGAUCUCACUCCUGGGGAACGUUAUCAGAUUGUGAUAGAAGCUGAAGACGGUGGCGGCAAAACCUCACAAGCUAUUGUGGUUGCACUGGCCACGCAUACUAUGUUUAGCCUUGCCAGCAUUGCUCCACUUCCUGGUAUGGAAACCUUUAUCCCAAAUCCGGCUGCUUAUAUGACGACACUUUCAACGCCUACUAGUGCAGGUAAAGUCUUAUAUUCACUUAAUAAUUCAUUCAUUCAUCAUAUUCUAUUAUUUGUUCAUAUACCUAUUGUGGUUGCACUGGCCACGCAUACUAUGUUUAGCCUUGCCAGCAUCGCUCCACUUCCUGGUAUGGAAACCUUUAUCCCAAAUCCGGCUGCUUAUAUGACAACACCUUCAACGCCAACUAGUGCAGAGCAAGAUGAGACUAUCCAGACGUUUGUAACUGAAGUGGCCGAGAAUACCCCAAUCAAUACGGUAGUCGUCUCACUUGGGGUACGGUAUCUUAUUAUUAUAAAUAUUUUAUUGAUCGAAUCGCGGCACAUAUACAGUAUGUCUUCAGUUGAGAACCAUAUUUAACC